UCCCAUUCCUGCCCUUUGAUCUCUGGGCUCAGAGCCAAGAUGCCCAGGCCUACCAUGCUACACUGCACCUCGGUCCUUCUGGCUGUCGGAGUGAGGAUGUGGGGCCAGUCUUUGCAAAGUCAGUCAUGGAGGGCCAACAGUCACACACCUUCCAAGUGUUUUAUCCAUAGACUGGACCACAUCGUGAUGACAGUAAAGAACAUUGAAGACACCACCACAUUCUAUUCCAACAUCCUGGGAAUGGAGGUCAUAACUUUCAAGGGAGACCGGAAAGCACUGUGUUUUGGAGAUCAGAAAUUUAACCUUCAUGAGGUGGGAAAGGAAUUUGAACCCAAAGCUGCUCACCCAGUUCCUGGCUCCUUGGACAUAUGUCUGAUCACUGAUGUGCCUUUGGAGGAGUUGAUUGAACACCUCAAGGCUUGUGAUGUUCCCAUUGAAGAGGGCCCAGUUCCCAGGACAGGAGCAAAAGGGCCUAUAAUGUCCAUCUACUUCCGAGACCCAGACAGAAAUCUGAUCGAGGUCUCCAACUAUAUCACCUCUUGAUGGAUGCUGACACUCCUCCGUUCCAUUCCUCUCCCAUCCUUCCUGAGCUGCAAUGAUUAUGGAUUUUGACACUUCAUACAUCCUGCAAGAGGAACCUGAAAUAAAUUUGGGACCCAGUAAAUAUGCGCAUCCAGAUGGCCAAUCCAGACUACACCAAUAAAUAAAUAAUUUCUCCA